CAAUUUUGUGAGGUUAGCCACUGUCAUUUUUCCGCAAUUUUCUUUCACUGUUUUUGAGUUUUUGAAGCAGUACAAGUGUGUAGCUUCAGCUUUCCUCCUCCUUUCAAGUAAGUUUUCUAAUGGCUGGUGUCGAGGACCUCGACAGUGGAUUAGAAUCAAUGAACGAAGGAAGUAAAGACUUAACUCCGGAAAAAAUCACUGCCCAGUUGGUGGAAAGUCUCGACGAUGAUUUGGAUGAGGACUGCGAAGAUGAAACUUUGAGUGAAAGAUUAUGGGGCUUAACAGAGAUGUUCCCCGAAGGACUCAGGAAUAAGACUCAUUCGCUCUGCAAGGGCUCCCAAAAUCUUGUCAAAACUUUGUACCAUUAUUCACGAUUAUCAGCGUGGAUCUUCUUCAGUUCAUCGACUAUAUUAGUCGCUCCCAUCAUUUUUGAAAUUGAACGCUGCCAGAUGGAAGAAGUUCAGAAAUAUCAACAGAAACAGGCACUGCUGGGCCCUGGAGUUGCACCCCGGUAAAUGUUAGUCCAGAGAAUAGUCUCUUUUAUCAUGAAAAGUAAUGGAAAAAAGUCCUACUCUUUUGUUUAAAUUUUACCAUGGAUACUUCAGUUUAAAUUCUAGGUUUAAAAGUUUAACUUCAAUGCAUUUCACCUGGUUUGAGCAAAGGAUUUUAUUUUUCACUCUUUUUUAAUUGUAGCUAGUCAACUGCCGUCACUUUUCCAUCUGAAGGCUUUUGUUUUUUCUUAAUACAUAGCACUUUUUGUAUCUUCUCUUAUGGUUUGAACCGUAUUUCAUGUUCCAAUGAACAUUGUUCCUGUAUUCAUAUUGUUUCCUGUUUUUCCAUUUUAUUUUUGAGUUUGGGAAACUUGUAUGUGUGUACAUGAUAAGUGGGAAGUGUUUGAUGUUUGAAAUGUUAUCUCAGCCUCAAAAAUAUAAUAAGUUUCUAGCUAUGAU